CUGGGCCGGGAGCGGCGCUGCAAUGGGAGACGCCACGGCUCGGGGGGCCGCCCGCGGCAGUUGCCGCCUGGCGCUGGUCGUCAUCGCCGCCGCCGCCACCGCCAUCCUGGGCGUGGCCUGUGCGGCCAAAGGCCUGGAAGAGGCCUCCUUCCCAGAAGACACGGAAUCACCGACCCGGAGCCGGCACUGGAGAAGCUACGCCGAUCUUUCGGACGAUGAGGAUCUGCUGGCGGAUGAGGCAUCCGGAGACGGGAACGGCAGCGGGGAGAACGGCAGCGGCAUUGUCUUCCCCGACCCUCGCCCCCUGGCCACCACCCACCCUCUCACCUCCACAGUCUAUUUCCGCGCUUUGGUGAAUUUCACAAAGUCCAUUGACUAUUCCUCACGCCUGGACGAUGUCAACUCAGACGAUUUUCAGGAUGUCUCCAAAGCAGUAGUGGAUACGUUGGAGUCUGAAUAUUACAAGAUCCCUGGAGAGCAAAUGGUCAGCGUGGUCUUCAUCAAAGAAAUCAACGGCUACAUCUUCGUGGAGCUGGACGUGGGCUCUGAGGGAAACAUGGAUGAAGAGGAGAUCCGCCAGGUGCUGUACGGGGUCAUCGAGAGCGGCUCCAUCGCUUCCUACGUCACCUCAACUCAGGGCUUCCAAUUCCGCCGCCUGGGAGCAGUCACCCCUGAUGUGCGGGCCUGCACUGCCGAGGAGUUUGCUUGCCGCAGCGGGGAGUGUGUGGCCAGGGAGUUCCUCUGUGACCGCCGCCCGGAUUGUCGGGACAUGUCGGAUGAGCUGGACUGCACUUAUCCGGUCCCCCUGGAAUGUGGCCGUGAGGAGUUCACCUGUGACAGCGGAGAGUGCGUGCCCCUGGCAUCCCACUGCAACGGACACCCCGACUGCGGCGAUGCCUCCGAUGAGGAUGGCUGCGAUGGGGAAGGAGUUAUGACCCCCCCAGUGGACGUCACCCCCCCACGGCCCUUCACCACUCGGAUUCCUGCCACCACGUCGCCGGUCACCACCCGCCGUCCGCCAGCCACCACGACUGCUCGCGUCGUCACCUCCAAGCCCCCGCUGAUCCCGGAGACCCGCCCCUGCAGGAAGGACGAGGCCCCCUGCUCCAACAAGCAGUGCGUCCUUCGCGACUACCUGUGUGACGGCGAGAAGGACUGCCAGGACGGCAGCGAUGAGCUGAACUGCGGCACCCCCAUUCCUUGUGAACCCAAUGAGUUCAAGUGCCGGAACGGGCACUGUGCCCUCAAGCUGUGGCGAUGCGACGGAGACAAUGACUGCGGGGACGGCUCAGAUGAGCUGAACUGCCCCACGAAGGGGCCCAGUGACACCUGUGGCCCUGAUCAGUUCGUCUGCGUGUCCAGCCACACCUGCAUCCCCGCCAGCUACCAGUGCGACGAGGAGGCCGACUGCUCCGACCGUUCGGACGAGAUCGGCUGCACCCCUCCACAGGUGAUCACGCUCCCCGAGGAGUCCGUCCAGGCCGCCCCCGGGGAAACAGUCCGUUUCACCUGCGUGGCCAUUGGUGUGCCCACCCCCAUCAUCACCUGGAGGCUCAAUUGGGGCCACAUCCCCACCAGCCGCAGGGUGUCCAUCACCAGUGAGAACGGCCAUGGGACCCUCAUCAUCCGGGACAUCAAAGAGGCUGACCAAGGGGCCUAUACCUGCGAGGCAAUCAAUGCCCGUGGGAUGGUGUUUGGCAUCCCUGAUGGCGUAUUGAGCCUCACACCUGGGCAAGGGCCCUGUCCGGAAGGGCAGUUCCACGUCAAGCAGACCUCCCAGUGCCUCUCCUGCUUCUGUUUUGGCAUUACCAGAGCAUGCCACGGCACCACCCGCCAUCGCAGCCAGAUUCGCCUGCGCUUCGACACCCCUGACGACUUCAAAGGUGUCAACGUGACAACCCCGUCUCUGCCUGGCACGCCGCCCCUCUCUUCCACACAGCUGCAGAUAGACCCCAGCUUGCAGGAGUUCCAGCUGGUUGACCUCUCUCGCCGCUUCCUGGCACAGGACUCUUUCUGGACGCUCCCCGGCCAGUUCCUGGGCAACAAGGUGGAUUCCUACGGCGGCUUCCUCAGCUUCAAGGUGCGCUACGGCCUGGCCCGUGGCGAGUCGGAGCCUGUGCACAAACCCAACGUCGUCAUUGUGGGCAAUGGGCAGAAGCUCAUCUACCGAGUGCAGGUGCCCACACAGCCCUUGGUGGUGAACCAGCGCCAGAUCCAGUUCACUGAGGAGAACUGGCAGAAGGAGUCGGGCGCCCCCGUGAGCCGCGAGGAGAUGCUGCUCACGCUGCAGAACCUGGAGGCCAUCAUGAUCCAGACGGUCUACGAUAACCGGAUGGCAAGCGUGGGCCUCAGCGACAUCGUCAUGGACACCACCACCACCGAGACCACGGGCCUGGGCGUGGCGCAUGGUGUCGAGCAGUGCAGGUGCCCGGUGGGCUACUUGGGCCUGUCAUGUGAGCGCUGUGGUGCCCAGUUCAAGCGUGUGCCUGGGGGCCGCUACUUGGGCACCUGUUCCGGCUGCAGCUGCAGUGGCCACUCCACCUCCUGUGACCCGGUCUAUCGGCAUUGCCUGAACUGCCAGCACAACACCGAAGGGCCCCAGUGUAACCUCUGCAAACCAGGUUUCUUCGGGGACGCCACCAAGGGAACCCCUACUGCCUGCCGCCCCUGCCCCUGCCCCUAUACCGAAGCCCCGCGCAGGUUUUCCAGCACCUGCUUCCUGGACACGGACGGGCAGGCCACUUGUGAUGCCUGUGCCCCUGGCUACGUGGGGCGGCGCUGUGAAAGGUGUGCUCCUGGCUAUGAAGGGAACCCCGUCCAGCCAGGCGGGAGGUGCGUGAGGAUUGGGCAGGAGAUAGUCAGGUGUGACGAGCGAGGGAGCCGUGAGGCCUCCGAAGGCGCCUGCCAGUGCAAGCCCAACGUCAUGGGCCGCCUCUGCAACGAGUGUGCCGGCGGGACUUUCCACCUCAGCCACAAGAACCCCGAGGGGUGCCUCAAGUGCUUUUGCAUGGGCGUCUCUCACCAGUGUGCCAGCUCCUCCUGGAACAGGGACCAGGUGCGAGUGACCUACGAGGACGCCGAGACAGGGCAGUUCACCCUCUCCAACUUGGCCAAUACUCGGACGGUCAGCGAGGGGAUCCGCUUCAUAGGCCUUUCGGAGCUGACUUUCUCUGCCUUCCACUCCCUGCCCCGUGACGUGUACUACUGGGUGCUCCCUGAGCGCUUCAAGGGGGACAAGGUGACCUCAUACGGUGGAGAGCUGCACUACACCAUCCUGCACACGGCCGCUCCUGGCGCUGCGCUGCUGCACGGGCAACCGGACGUGCUGCUGCAGGGGAACGGCAUCUUCCUGGAGCAUGUUGGGAGAGCAGCCCCCCCGCCUGGAACCCCCACCUCCUUCACCGUGCCCUUCCGGGAGCAAGCCUGGCGCCGUGCUGAUGGGCAGAAUGCCACACGUGAGCAUCUCCUCAUGGCGCUGGCAGAUGUCGAUGUGUUCAUGAUUCGGGCCUCCUACUCUGAGCGGCCGUCAGAGAGCAGGAUCUCUGGCCUCCACCUAGACGUGGCUGUGCCCCAUUCCACAGGGCUAGACCCAGCUGUGGAGGUGGAGGACUGCACCUGCCCUCCGGGCUACCGAGGACCCUCGUGCCAGGAGUGUGAUGUUGGCUACACGCGCACCACCAGCGGCCUCUACCUGGGCACGUGCGAGCCCUGUGACUGCAGCGGGCACAGCACCGAGUGCAACUCCCAGAACGGAGAAUGCCAGAACUGCCAGCACAACACAGAGGGGCCCCGUUGUGAACGCUGCCAGCCAGGCUUUUAUGGCGAUGCCAGGCGUGGGAGCCCUGGAGACUGUCAGCCGUGUCCAUGCCAGGGACCUUACUCUGCCAGCCAGGCCACCAAGACAUGCUUCCUGGACACUGACGGGCAGCCCACAUGCGACUCCUGCCACCCCGGCUAUGUUGGCCGCCAGUGUGAAAGGUGUGCUGCUGGCUACUCAGGCAACCCUGUCUUGGGCCAACCCUGCACAGAGCCAGGCACCCGGUGCCAGUGCAACCCGCUGGGCAGCCUCAGCAGCCUGUGUGAUGCCAGCGGGCAGUGCCAAUGUAAGGCCCACGUGGAAGGACGCUCCUGCAGCAGCUGCCGGGCCCACCACUUCCACUUGAGCGCGGAGAACCGGGACGGCUGCCUGCCCUGCUUCUGCAUGGGGGUCACCCAGCAGUGUACCAGCUCCUCCCACUACCGGGACGUGGUCACCAGCCCCUUCCGUCCCGGGGAUGUCCGGGGAUUUGCCCUGGUCAAUCGUCAGCACAACACCCGCAUCCAGACGGGCUUCACGGUGGAGAUGUCGGCCGAGGGCCCUCAGCUCUCCUACGGCCGUUUUGGGCAGCUGGGGCAGGAGUCCUACUACUGGCAGCUGCCAGAGGCCUUCUUGGGAGACAAGGUUGGCUCCUACGGGGGACGCCUUCGCUACACCCUUUCCUACGAUGCCGGAGCGACUGGCUCUCCACUGCCAGACCCGAAUGUGCAGAUCGCAGGCAAUGAUAUCACUUUGAUAGCCUACCUGCCCGAGCUGCGGCCCCGUGAGCGCAAGAGUUUUGAGGUGGUCUUCCAGGAGCAAUACUGGAAGCGGCCAGACGGGCAGCCUGCCACCCGCGAGCACUUGAUGAUGGCUCUGGCAGACCUGGACGAGAUCCUCAUCCGGGCCACCUACUCCACAGACAUGGUGUCAGCCAGCAUCACUGCUGUCGGCAUAGAGAUUGCUGUGCCCACCUACACCAACCUGCCACGGGCUCUGGAAGUGGAAGAGUGCCGCUGCCCACCAGGAUACCAGGGCCUCUCCUGCCAGGACUGUGCCGCGGGCUACACUCGCACUGGAGGCGGGCUGUACCUGGGACAUUGUGCAUUGUGUGAGUGCAACGGACACUCAGACUCCUGCCACCCAGAGACAGGCGCCUGCUCAAGCUGCCUGCACAAUGCUGCCGGAGAGUUCUGUGAGCAGUGUGCCCCCGGCUUCUACGGAGACGCCACUGCCGGCACCCCUGAAGACUGCCAGCCGUGCGCCUGCCCGUUGCUCGAUCCCGAGAACCAAUUCUCCCGGACGUGUGAGAGCCUGGGGGCAGGAGGCUACCGCUGCACUGCCUGUGACCCUGGCUACGCCGGCCAGUACUGCGAGCAGUGUGCCCCAGGCUAUGUAGGGAACCCCAACAUUCGUGGACAAAAGUGUGUUCAUUUGGCUGCUCCGGACCAGCCUCCGCUCGUCGUUCGGGUGCAUCCACCACGGACUGCUGUGUCACAAGGUAGUGAGGUCACGCUGCAUUGUCAGGUCAGCGGACACCCCCCUUAUUAUUUCUACUGGUCCCGGGAAGAUGGGCGCCCCGUGUCAGGCACGGCCCAGCGCAGGCGGCAAGGCGAAGAGCUCCAUUUCCCCAGCAUCCAGCCCUCUGAAGCCGGGGUUUACAUUUGCACCUGCCGCAACCCCCAGUACAGCAACACCAGCCGUGCUGAAGUCAUUGUCACGGAAGCGCCCAGCAAGCCCAUCACAGUGACGGUGGAGGAGAAGAAGGUGCAGAGCGUGCAGCCGGGGAGCGACGUCACCUUCGUCUGCACAGCCAAGAGCAAGUCGCCCGCCUACACGCUGGUGUGGACACGGCAGAAUCACGGGAAGCUGCCCGGCCGGGCCAUGGACUUCAACGGCAUCCUCACCAUCCGCAACGUGCAGCCCCAGGAUGCUGGCAUCUACGUCUGCACUGGCUCCAACAUGUUUGACAUGGACGAGGGAGUCGCCACCCUCUACGUGCAAACUCCGUCCAAGACUCAGAUGUUCUAUGGACCUGUAGAAGUGCUGGAAGGCCACAGACCCUCCGGAUCUGCUGUCCCACCUAUGGCCACCAUCCAACCCUCUCAGCUGAGCGUCCAGCCAGGCCAGCCUGCCGAGUUCCGCUGUGUGGCUACAGGAAGCCCCCAGCCCACGGUGGAAUGGGUUGGUGGACAAGGGGGUGUGAUUUCCCCGAAGGCAGUGAUCCAGGGGGGAAUCCUGCGCUUCCCAGCAGUGGAGCCUGCUGAUGAGUCGCAGUACUUGUGCCGCGUGCGGAACAGUGCUGGGCAGCACAUGGCCCGGGCCUUCUUACAAGUGCACAGUGCUGGUGCCCCUCAGGUGCAGGUGAGCCCGGAGCGCACAGAGGUGCAGGAGGGCAGCACAGUCAGGCUGUAUUGCCGGGCUGCCGGAUCCCCCACUGCCACCAUCACCUGGGAGAAGCAAGGGGGCGCUUUGCCACCACAGGCUAUCCCCGUCUUUGGCUUCUUCCACUUCCAAGGUGGCAGCUUGGAAGUUCUCCGGCAACGGAUACAGGAGCUUCAGCAGUCCUAUGCCGAGAGAAGGGACAUUGGCACCCUCGUGAUUCCUUCCAUUACUGCUGCUGACAGUGGGGUGUACCUUUGCGUAGGGAGCAGCGCAGCAGGAGUCGGCCGAGCACGGAUCGAGGUGGAGGUCACCCGAGCCGCUGGCGUUCCUCCUGCAGUGAGAAUUGAGUCUUCUUCUUCAUCGGUCACUGAAGGCCAGACGUUGGAUCUGAACUGCCUCAUUCCUGGCCAAGCGGCUGCAGGGGUCACCUGGUACAGGCGAGGAGGGGCCCUGCCAGCCAGCCACCAGGUCCAGGGGCCUCUGCUGCGCAUCCCGCACAUUUCUGCAGCUGACUCUGGUGAAUACGUCUGCCGGGUUAGCAACGGCGCUGGCCCCAAGGAAGCUUCCAUCACCGUGACUGUCCAGCAGGGCGGCAGCUCCUCACGCGAGGCCCCUGCAGUCAGGAUCGAAUCUCCCUCCUCCUCCGUCCUCGAGGGGCAGGCCGUGGACCUGAACUGCCUUGUCGCUGGCCUGUCGCAGCCCAGAAUCACGUGGUACAAGCGACAAGGGGCGCUCCCUGCAAAUCACAAGAUUUCUGGCUCCCGCCUGCGGAUUCUUCAGGCCUCAGCAGCAGACUCUGGCGAGUACGUGUGUCGGGUGGGCAGCAGCAGCGGCAGCCCUGUCCAAGAGGCCUCUGUCGUGGUCACCAUCUACAGCACUGCCCACACCUCAGGUGUUACCCCACCUGUGAGGAUCGAGUCUUCAUCACCCUCCCUUCUUGAAGGACAGACCUUGGACCUCCACUGUGUUGUUGCUGGCCAGCCCGGUGCUGCAGUCACCUGGUACAAGCGAGGCGGGUCCCUGCCAGCCGGGCACCAGGUCUCUGGCUCCCACCUGCGCAUCCCCCAGGCCUCUCCCACUGACGCUGGGGAGUACGUUUGCCACGUCAACCUGGAUUCGGUGGUCAGAGAAGCCUCCGUCAUCGUCGGCAGGGUCGGCUCCUCUUCCACCUUAGGCAUCGCUCCCUCCAUGAAGAUCGAGGCUUCCUCCCCUCAGGCAACCCAAGGACAAACGCUGGAGCUGGACUGUACUGCGGCUCACCAGGAGCCGGUCACGGUGAUGUGGUACAAGCGUGGCGGAUCCCUGCCAGCCAACCACCAGGCUGUUGGAUCCCGCCUGCGGCUAAUACAAGUCUCCCCAGCGGAUUCUGGCGAGUACGUUUGCCGCAUCAGCUAUGGCUCUGCCACCCAGGAGGCGUCUGUCUUCGUCCGCAUCCAGCAGGGCAGCACCGACUCCUUCCCCCCUGGUGUGACUCCUCCGGUGCGAAUUGAGUCGUCUUCCACCUCUCCGGCUGAGGGACACACGCUGGACCUGACGUGUAUUGUGGCAGGCCCCACACAGGCCAGAGUUACAUGGUACAAGCGAGGAGGGCAACUCCCCUCCAGCCACCAGGUCUCCGGCUCUCUCCUGCGCAUCCCCCAGGCCUCGGCAGCUGAUUCCGGGGAGUACGUCUGCCGCGUCAGCAACGGCACAGCUGUUCACGAGGCCUCCCUCAUCGUCACCAUCCAGGGUGGCCCAGGGGCCUCCUACUCUGUGGGUGUCACCCCCCCAAUACGGAUCGAGACCUCGUCCUCCUCUGUGGUUGAGGGCCAGACUGUGGAUCUAAACUGCUUGGUGGCGGGUCAGUCGCAACCCCAGGUCAUGUGGUACAAGCGAGGCGGCGCCCUGCCAGUCAACAGCCAGAUCCUUGGAUCACGCCUAAGGAUCCUGCAGGCCUCAGUAACCGACUCGGGAGAGUAUGUUUGCUAUGUGAAUGACGGCACCAGCCCCCUCGAGGCCUCCGUCAUCCUUUCCAUCCCCAGCAGUGCCGCUUCUACUUACCCUUCUGGCGUUGUCCCACCAGUGAAGAUCGAAUCUUCGUCCUCAUCUCUCAUGGAGGGACAGACCUUGGAGCUGAACUGCCUUGUUGCCGGACAGGCGCAGCCCAAAGUCACGUGGUUCAAGAGGGGGGGUGCCCUCCCAGCCAACCACCAGGUCGUGGGCACCCGCCUGCGCAUCCCACAGGUCUCCUCUGCCAAUUCCGGAGAGUACGUCUGCCGCGUCAGCAGCCCUGCUGUCACCCAGGAGGCUGUUCUGGUGGUCACCAUCCAAGACCGUGACGGCCCCGCCCAUCCUCCAGCCGCCGCCCCCCCUCUGGGGAUCAAACCUUCAUCGCCCUCCGUUGUUGAAGGACAGACCUUGGAUCUGACCUGCAUUGCUCCAGGCCAGCCACAAGCCACGUUCACAUGGUAUCGCCGAGGGGAGGCACUGCCUGCCAGUCACCAGGUCUCCAAUUCCCACCUGAGGCUGGUCCAUCUCAGCCCAGCUGACUCCGGCGAAUACGUGUGCCGUGAGCGUGGCGUGGCCAUCCCACGAGAGGCUUCCUUCGUGGUCUCCGUGCCAGCCAGCACCAGCGCUGCCUCCCGUCUUCAGAGCCCCAUCAUUUCCAUUGAGCCGCACAGCACUGCAGUGCGCAAAGGGGAGGACGUCGCCUUCAAGUGCCGGAUCCACGAAGGUGCUCAGCCCAUUGAGAUCACCUGGAAGCUGCCCAAUCACCAGCGGCAAGAUAAUGUGAAGAUCAGCCCGAACGGCUCUGUGGUCGCCAUCACUAACGCAGGCCCCCCAAACCAGGGGACGUACCGCUGCGUGGCCUCCAACCGCUUUGGAAUCGCCCACAGCGUGGUCAACCUGAUGGUGCAAGGGCCACCUACAGUCUCAGUGGUGCCGAAGGGCCCGAUCCAGCUGAAGGUGGACAAGUCCAUCAGCCUAGACUGCCAGGGAGCCGGGGAGCCCCGCCCGCUGGUGCGCUGGAGCAAGCUGGGCGUCCGGCAAAAGCUGGAGAAUCAGAAACAGGAGCCUGUGGAGAGCCGGUCCGUUUUGAAGAUCUCCUUUGCAAAGCUUGAGGAUGCUGGGACUUACGUGUGCCUGGCCCAGAACGCCCUGGGGAUGGCAGAGGCACAGGUUGACGUGAGCGUGGAGAGUGUCCAUGGGAAACCGGGGGCACCUGAGGUCAGCGUGAGCCCAACGUUGACGGUGGUCGCUGGACAGACAGCCAGGCUCCACUGCUCUGCCACAGGGGAUCCUGUUCCCACCAUCCAGUGGUCCAAGCUGAGGGCUCCCCUGCCCUGGCAGCAUCAGGUGGUGAACGACACCGUCCUCAUCAUCCCCCGGGUGGCUCAGCAGGAUUCCGGGCAGUACAUUUGCAACGCCAGCAACGCAGCCGGCUUCACGGAGGCCUUUGUCGUGCUGGAUGUGGAAUCACCACCGUAUGCCACCAGCCUUCCAGAUGUGGCAUCAGUACGGGCAGGCGAAGUGGUGCAGCUCCAGUGCCUCGCCCAUGGCACCCCGCCUCUGCGCUACGAAUGGUCCAAGGUCGACGGCAGCCUCCCUGGCCAUGCUGUGGUGCGCGAGGCAGUUCUGCACAUCAGUCCUGCCACGCCCCAGGACUCCGGCACCUACCGUUGCCUCGUCAGCAAUCGGGUGGGCUCUGCAGAGGCCCUGGCCCAGGUCCGGGUGCGAGGCACGGGUCGGGGACCCCCCUCUGUCCAGAUCAGCCCACAGAGUGACACAAAGGCUGUGGGAGGCGUGGCUGAGUUCACGUGCUCAGCUGCUGGAGACCCCCAGGUGCAGACGGAGUGGUCUAAAGAGGAUGGAGAGCUGCCCCCCAACCACAGCAUCAGAAACGGGGUGCUUCGGAUUGAGAAGCUGGACCGGGGGUGCCAAGGUGUGUACGUCUGCCGGGUGAGCAGCCCCUCCGGCCAGGCUGAGGGCAGGGCCAGGCUGAUCGUCCAGGCAUUACCCAAAGUGAUGAUCAAUAUCCGAACAUCGGUGCAGACGGUGCUGGUGGGCAAUGCGGUGGAGUUCGAGUGCCUGGCCUUUGGGGACCCCAAACCGCGUGUCACCUGGAGCAAGGUGGGCGGGCGGAUGCGGCCAGAGGUGCUGGUGAAUGGAGGCAUGGUGAAGAUUGAGCAGGUGGAGCAGGCAGACGCCGGGCAGUAUCGCUGCACCGCCACCAACGAUGUUGGCACGGUCCAGUCCCAUGUCAUCCUGCGUGUCCAGUCUGUCCCCCAGAUAGCAGCCCAGCCAGAGGUGAAGGAGGUCUCGGCUGGGUCCAUGGUGGUCUUCCCCUGCCUAGCCUCUGGCUUCCCGGUCCCUGACAUCUCGUGGACCAAGCUAGAAGGAGACCUCCCCGAGGAUGUCCGGUUGGAGGGGAAUGUCCUGACGAUCCCAGCAGCCCGCCCAGCGGACACUGGCGUCUAUGUCUGCACAGCCUCCAACCGCCAGGGGAAAGUGACAGCGUUCUCCAUGCUUAAAGUGCGAGAGCGGGUAGUACCAUAUUUUACCCAGAAUCCUCAGUCCUACCUUGCCUUGCCAACCAUGAAAGACGCCUAUAAGACCUUCACCAUUGAGAUCACCUUCCGGCCAGACACUCCUGAUGCUCUUAUGCUUUACUCAGGGAUGCUGGUGUACAACGGUCAGAAGAAAAACACAGGCACCGACUUUGUUUCCUUUGGCCUGGUGGGGGGCCGUCCGGAGCUCAGGUUUGAUGCCGGCUCUGGCAUGGCCACCAUUCGGCACCCUUCGAUCAUCAAACUGGGCGAGUUCCACACGGUCCGACUAUACCGCAAUCUCACCCAGGGCUCGCUGGUGCUGGACCAUCACCCGCCUGUGAAUGGCACUUCUCAGGGCAAAUUCCAAGGCCUGGACCUGAACGAGGGGCUGUACCUGGGCGGAUAUCCCAACUAUGCCGCUGUCUCCAAGACGGGCCUGAGCAGCGGCUUCAUUGGAUGCGUCCGACAGCUGCUCAUCCAAGGGAAGGAGGUGAUCUUCAGAGACUUUGACUUGCCAGCCCAUGGGGUGUCAAAUUGUCCCACGUGCCAGGACCAGCCAUGCCAGAAUGGAGGCGUCUGCAGGGACUCGGAGAGCAGUAGUUACGUGUGCGAGUGUCCACAGGGAUUUGCCGGGAGCAACUGCGAACACUCCCAGGCCCUGCGCUGCCAUCCAGAAGCCUGCGGUCCUGACGCCACCUGUAUUAACCAGGCCAACGGGCAAGGCUACAGUUGCCGGUGCCUCCUGGGCAGACACGGAGAGAAGUGCAUGGCAGGUGUCACAGUGACCACGCCUUACUUCCACGGGGGGGAUGCCUUUAUCUCCUAUCCCCCCCUCACCAACAUCCACUAUGAACUGCGCGUGGACAUCGAGAUCAAACCCCUCUCCCCCGAUGGCCUCAUCCUCUUCAGCAGGGGUGAAGGUGCCCCACUGGCUGACUUCGUCUCACUCGGCAUGGCCCACGGGCACGUGGAGUUCCGCUAUGAGCUGGGAUCAGGCACAGCCAUUCUUCGGAGCAGGGAGCCCCUGGGGCUGGGCCAGUGGCACAAGAUCACGGCAGAACGCCUGAACAAGGACGGUUCCCUGCAGCUAGAUGACGAGAGGCCUGUGAAGAGGUCCUCGCCCGGCAAAAGCCUGGGCCUGAACCUGCGCACACCUUUGUACCUGGGAGGUGUGGAUGAUGCCAGCCAGCUGCCAACAGCUGCCAACAUCAGCAGCCAUUUCUAUGGCUGCAUCGGGGAGGUUUCAAUCAAUGGAAAGAAAGUGGACAUCUCCUACAGCUUCCUCGAGAGCCGCGGCAUUUCCCGGUGCUUUGACAGCUCCCCCUGCGAUCGCAGACCGUGCCAGCAUGGGGGCAAGUGCCUGCCCACUGGCGAGUAUGAAUUCCAGUGCGUGUGCCAGGACGGCUACAAAGGGGAGCGCUGUGAGGAGCCUGAAGUCCACUGCCGGCUGCAGCAUCCCUGUCUGAAUGGGGGCACGUGCAAGGAUACCACUUGUGUGUGCCCCCCAGGCUUCCUGGGUUUAUACUGUGAACACGAUGCAACACAGCACCAGCUGAACGUCGAGUGGACACUGGAAGGCAGCGGGGGAAACGAUGCCCCGGGACAGUAUAGUGCCUACUUCCAUGACAGCAGCUACGUGGCACUUCCGCGGCAUGCUUUCCCCAGGAGCCUCCCCGACUCCCCAGAGACAAUAGAGAUGGAAGUGCGCACCACCUCUCCAAGCGGGCUGCUGCUCUGGCAGGGCGUGGAAGAAGGGGAAAGCGGGAAGGCAAAGGACUUCAUUAGCCUCGGACUGAAAGAUGGACACCUGGUAUUCAGCUUUCAGCUCGGGAGUGGGGAAGCCCACAUCGUCUCUGAAGACCCCGUCGAUGAUGGCGAGUGGCACAGGGUGACCGCCAUUCGAGAAGGGAGGAGAGGCUUCCUUCAGGUCGACGGAGAGGAGAUGGGGGCCGGUGAGUCCCCUGGCAGGAACGUCAUGGUGAACACUCAAGGUCGAGUCUAUAUAGGUGGAGCACCUGAUAUCAACACCUUGACUGCAGGGAAGCACAUCUCAGGACUCACAGGGUGCAUUAAGAACGUGGUGCUGAUCAACGAGAGGCCGGGCCAGCACCCUCAGCAGCCAGUGGACCUUCAGCACCACUCCGAGGCAGGCUUCAACAUCCAGGAAUGUCCUUCGUAGAGCAGGCUGGCCUCUUCUGCACUCCUGGCUGUUUUCGUGUCAGCAGGCCAAUCCAGAGACAGCUAUUAUUAUUAUUAUUAUUUUAUUAUUAUGAAUUUUUUAAAGAAACAGAAAGGGUGCUUUGCUGCUACCAAAAAGUGAGUGGGAGGGGACUCGGUUUGGGUUUGUGUAAGAGACAGACCAACGGACCAGUCAUGCCCCCCCCCUCCCCCAGCCCUCCCACGGAAAAACAGACGGCACAGCAGUGGACACCAAGGACCGGAGGGCUACGCUGAUGGAAAAGGACGUGGGCAGCUGCCGCCGCACGUUUCUAGGGAUAUCAGGAAGGCACGCUUGGAGGACUCGCGCUGGGGGGACUGGUGCAGCCUCUCCUCUUGCCGAGGGGAGGAAGAGGUGUCGGUGGGCCCCACGGCUUCUCCACUUCCACUGCUGGGCUGGGCCAGGCAGGUCAUGACCAAAGAUUACCCUGUUCUCUAGAGAGAAGGGAUUCUGAUGCUGCCGAGGAAAGGGAAGAGCCCUGCUCCUCAUUCUCAGUAGCACCUGCCACCCUUUCCGGGUCACAUCAGGCUUGAUGAGAGCGGUGGGGAAACGGAGUGACUUCUGCUAGCCCUCCCCCCCGCCCGCCCCGAACCCAUGCAGCUGCUCUGCUUGGUGGUGGGGAGAGGGGCAGUUCCUGAGCUUUCUUGUUUGUAACCAUGUCCCUUCUGUGCCCCAAAUGACCUCAGUUUUGGGAGAUGGCAACUCUGGCUCUCCUUUCCUUGCUGUGCCUAGAGUGACACAAAGAGCCAAGCACAGUACGAUGCCCCCCGGGGGCAGGGGGGGCGGUCAGGAACUGUGUGUGGCAUUGCCCUGUGCUUGGAUCUGAGAGCACCACCAGGGACUCCAGACACAGAGAGGGUCCAACGGGUGCUGCGUUCAAAGGCCUUGAGGUAAAGCUGGGCCUUCCACCUUCCUUUCUCCACCCAGCCACAACAGCCCUUCAGUGCCUUGUUCCGUAUGGAGCCUUCGGGUGGAUUCCUCUGCUCCUUUGCAGUGAGCAGCCCCCUAGUAAUAGCCAGCCCCACCGGACCCCCAGCUCUGGAGGGCUUAGAUGAGGGGAGGCUGACUCCCUCUUCUCUGAGCCUGCUGCAACCCCCCCCCCCAAAAUACUGGCUGGCAGCUGGACCCAUGCUGGACCCCUCCGCCUUUCCCUCGGAGGACUCAGAUAGGAUGGAGCAGGGCGUUGGGCUGCCUGCUUAGAUGAGAGCUGCAAGUAGCUGGCCCCAGCCCCGGUGGCAUCUGCCUGCCCUCCCGGAUGAAAGCCAGGCCUGAAGUUUCCCUCAAGGGUUUUAGGGAGGGGGGUCUGUAUGUGGUGAUAAAGAGGUAGAAGGGUGCCCUUGGCAAAUGAGAACGGGUUUCUACCACCAGCCCCCUCCCAAGACCUUGCAAGAACUGGGGGGGGGGGGGGCGGCACUGGAGAAAAACUUGGGCUUUGACCAAAUGACCAACCUGACCCUCUUCAAACGCCUUGAGUUCUCACCUGCACCGGUGAUGAGAAGCAGACAGAAGGGGGAGCCUCUCCGUCAGACUUGGGGCUCCCUGCACUACUCCUGGCUCCGGCUCCCACGUUCCCUUCUCCUUGUGGCUCGUGUCGGACUGGGCGUGGCUCUCCAACCAGCACUGACUCCUCUGCCUUGCCCGCCUGCUUCACGGAUCAGAACACGGCUGGGAGACCCUGCCGUGCUCAGGGGGUUCUGGAACGCAUUCCUGUCUUUGCUGCCCGUUUGUUCCUUUUCUUAAAUAAAUGGUGCUGAACCCCGAAA